AUGGGUGGCGAAGAUCACGAACAACAGUCAACUGCCAGGUCAAUGUCGGCCAAGUCAUGAUUGCAGAGGGGGGGGGGUACGACAGAGGAUGCUAGUAGAUCGAUACAGAACUGUUUUGGACUUAUUCUGCCUUCAUGCAACCAAUCAUAACCCUGAACACCACCUGGCUGAAUAAAUAUCCGGUCUGCAGCAACAGAGAAUGACAGGUGGCGAGACACUGAUGAACUUCGGUUCGAUGAAGUGCUUAUGACCCAUCUGCUAGACCCCAGUGGUGGACCAACUACGCCAGGUGCGUCCAUGCGCAUGUUCGUGUUUCUGGUCACAGUUGCUGUUCAGGAAAUGUGAUUGGCUGAAUGAAGGCAAAAUAAGCCCGAAACAGUACUGUAUCAAUCCACUCGUAUUCUCUGUCGUCCCUCUUCGCUGCUAUUAUGACUUGAUUGACUACAGUCUGGUAGUUGGUUGGCUGUUCGUGACCUUUGCCACCCAUACGGAGUUUGUUUGCUUCGUGAAGCCAAUAGACCGGUGUGCGCCCAUACCUGAGCCCACACUCACGAAGGAUCCCCAGCUGUGUCGAUUGAUGCUUCUGGCCAAAGUUAACGACCAUCAGCUUAAGCGAAUCUCGAGAACGUACUGAGAGUGGUGUUCAAAUUGUCAAAAAAUAAUUUUUCUAAAUCUAGGUCUCUGAUCAAAUCUCCGGAUAAAGUAUAACGUUUUUUGCCGAAAUCUUCCUUAUCUUUUUUCCUCUGCUUAGGUAUGGAAGAACGCCAUGUCGAAACGGCGGUGUGUGUCACACCUUAGCUGAGGAAAAGAGGCCGCUUCCCAGCAUCCCUUUCAAGUGCUCUUGUCCGCCUGCAUGGAGAGGCUACUUGUGUGAGGUACGGUGAUUGAAUUACUGUAGACUAUGCGUGGUGAACAACUGAAUGAUAUGCGUUGCAGAUUGAUCAUAGGCCAGGUGUUCAGGAUGCUAGUAAUGUUAAACGCCAAUACUCAAAGGCCCACUUCAGUGGUGUUUCAAAUUGUGGGAUCACUGCGGUACUGCAGCAGUUUCGCAGUGGGAUGUUAGCAAGCGAGCUCAGAGGGAAGGAUUCUUUGUCGCCGUGGGGCAUGAAAGGCUACGAGAAACGAUUCGGACCCUGCGCUAGUAGGACAGACUACGUAGCGAAUUGCUGCCUGCUUAUAUGGUUGGCAAACCAAUCAGGUCUUUGAGUGAUGUUCUUGUAUUGAGCACACUAAGUACCUUCACUGUAGUUAAUAAUUUGCGGCGGCCUGUCGUCGUCACUUCGACUUAACUUAUUUAAAAUUAAAUCGCCUAAUUAAUUACUUUUAGUUUAUUUAAAACCGACAGUCCGCAUUGAGCGCAGAAUUGACUAAAAUCAUCAUUUGAAGCAUUUUUUCCCGGGUAUGAAUUGAAAACAAGCAUGUACAGCAGAAUUUAUUGGGGCCAAUAAAUUUCGAGUACUUGUCCGAGCACGUACAACUCGAACCUUGCGUUAUUUGGAAGCAGCCUACCUACGGAGGGAGAAACCAGACCUGUGCAAGCAGUUAGAUCACGUGAUCAAUCUGCAAUUGCCCUGGUAAUCUCACGCCUCUAUUUUCCCCUGCCUGUGAUUUGUUGUUAACAUUUCGUCUCCCUUUUUUCCUUUUUGAUGCUUACGUGGACGUCUUAUCUGAUUAUUGAUUGCUUUGAACUGUGGCCUUGCUCUUAUACACUGCCAUUCUGUACAAAUUCAUACUGCUGUGCGCUUUCAUUCGUUACCUAUGUUAUGCAGAGACGGGUUGCAGUUGAAAAGCCGUCACGAAAUUUAUUGGCCCCAAUAAAUUCUGCUGUACAUGCUUGUUUUCAAUAAAUUCAUCAUCAUCAUAACAAUUCUGGAGUUAGAACCUCAGCACCCGUUUUGUCAUUCUCUGUCUUCAGAAACCACGCAACCCCUGUCGCCAUAUUGAUAACCUCUGUGGCCCAUUCCCCUGUGUUCGAGAUCCUAACAGCGAGGUCGCUGGUUACGCCUGCCGGUGCACCAAGGGCUACGAACCAACGAGUCAGUCAAACCCCACCUGCGUGAACGUGAAUGAGUGUGAAGACCCCCUGAAUACGCCAUGCCUCAACGGCGGCGUCUGUCACGAUCUGAUUCCUCCAACCUUCGUUGACCUCUCAGGAAAGGAGCGGAGAUUUCGGUAG